AUGAUCUUCCGGGCAUCCCCACAAGCUAUCAACUAUGACGAGCUCUUUGGAAAGCUCAGAGGAAGGAAAAUAUUGGACAACGCCGAUGGCCACAAUGCCGCCGUGCUCCUCACAACGCCAAACUUUGCCAAAGACCUGGAAAACGCCCCUGUAAUGAAGGAAUUUGCCAGGUUCAUGGCUGGCUCAGCAGACGUGGGCAAGUUCCACGUGUUGAGCGCAGUGGUCGACCAUCUGGCAGCCCCGGCGGGAUCACUCAGGCCUCUGCAGGGCGUGUCCGUCUUGCGAGGCCAUCUAGACGACAUGCUGCCGUACCUGUGGCAUCAGCAGCCUCCGAAGCCAAAAGACGAUGCGGAUUCAGUCUCUGCCCUGACCUUCAGCUUGGGAGAUCCCGCAUUGACGCUGCCCCUGGCGAGAACCACGUUCCACAACAAUCGAGCGUCUACACUUUUGCUCUCCGAGUUUGACUUGACCUCAAGUACCACGCAGCUUACUCGGCAAAUGUGGAAACAUUCACAGUUUGUGAGGGUCUCAUUAGACGAGGACCUUGACUCGUUAGCCCAUCUCGACAUGUGGGCGCCCUUGAUACCCUUGACACACCCUCGGACUGUGACUGAAAGCUUCGGUAACAUCAUCCGAGGAAUCGAAGUCGACGGCAAGACCAUUCCCGCUUCUACAGAGCUGGAGGAAGUUGUGAACGCACUUCACAAGCAGAAUGCCCAUUCGGGCAUCUUGUCUGGCCCUGUGGGGGUCUGGGCAAUGGUAACCCCUAAUCCGGAGACGUCGAGCACACUGGAAGAGUGGCUCGAGGAAGCCCCUGAGCCUCUAGCAGCGCUCCCAGAUGUCGAUGAUAUCAGGGACACUGUCAAAGCAACCGCUCAGCAUCUCAAACAGCUCUAUAGCCAUGGCGGCCGGUUAUACAAGAUCUUGAGCGGCGGUGGCGGCUGGGGUGCCAAAAAGGGACUCCUAUCUCUCGACCCUCAGCGAACGCACUUUUCCCUGUCCGAGGAAGAAGAAAUGAACAACUUCAUGCAGUCGAUGAACGGCGGAGGCUUCACCCCUCAAGGGUCCCAGAUCCAGUUCUUCAUGUCUGCACCCGUUCUUCCCAACAUUACGGAACCAUUCACCCCCGGCGUAGCGUUUGGCGUUGCCGGAGAAGUUGCCGUUCCGAGCGAGCCCGAGCCUGUUGAGGGCUUCAUCGGACAGCACUUUGGCGCUCUGUCGAACGCGGCCGUCUAUCUUUCCGGCCAGGGCCUUCCGGGCGGUAAGGAGACCAAGUUGAGUGUCCCCCAUUCGAGGAUAUACGGCAGAGAGCCUGGAGCAAAGAUGGGCAUCUUGGAAAACUUGGCAUAUGAAUUGGCUGAGGCCGGAACAAUUACACUAGCAGGACUGAAGCAUUAA